AUGGUCAACUUACCAAAGCGGUGGGUUCGAAAUAUCGUGAACGUGGGCGUUGUGCUUAUGUUGGUGGUGCUUUUGCUUGUGUUGGCCAAUGAUAACAAUAUCUUUUCUGUGUCGUUCUUGGACAUCCACAAGCCAUGGAGGUUUGGCCAGGACCAGAGCUGGCAACCGUAUGUGGUGGACGUUUCCAUAGAGCAGGUGUUGAAGAUCAAGCUGACGAAGCCGCGGGAGGUUGUGAAGGAUGAGACAAAGGGAGAAAUGGGAGACUUGCAUCUGAACGGAUUCUGGGCGGCGGUGCCGAAAGACCUCAUGCUUGGUUCCUCGUGGUUGCAUAAACAGUACUUGGCAGCGAAGUUUGUUGGGAAAGACUACUUGAAGACACACCCGCAUGAUGUGAUUGUGGACUUUGCUGUGAGUGAUCCAGAGGUGGAUGGGAAAAUCAAGAAUAAUGCAAAAGCUCUUAUUCCAGAGAGAGUGCUCAAGGAUAUACACAAGUCGAGGAUAUUCGAUGAGGAGGACCGUGCUGCGCUUGAGGAAGCCAAUAAAGGGGAAAAGUUGGAUGGGAAGGUUGAUUUGGAUGAGAUCUUGCGGUUGAAGCACGAGCAGGAAAGCCAGGCGGAAGAUUUACGGGCCGAGACCGAGAAGGAGAAGGAGAAGGAGAAGGAGAAGGAGACGGAGAAGGAGGCGAAAGCGAAGGAGGAGCAAAUACUGAACGAUGACAAGGUGGACCAGAAAGAGGAUGAAAAAAGCGACGAGAAUGAAGCUGAAAGAGAUGGCCCUGUGAAGAGAACGAGGGAGCUGUCGUACAAGUCGCUUCAAGGUUAUUACCUCAUUCCAAAACCCGAACAACUCAAGAAAGCCAAAUGGAAGAAACUCAGCCAUGGUUUAUGGGUUAAGUAUGGGCCAGUUGGCAAGCAGGCAGUAGUUAACAUAGAUGUGGUUUUUGGGCCUGAUGCUGUGGUGCCCUUUGAAGGUGCUACUGUGCUUAAGCAACCUCUACAUGUUGGUGGCCGCAAAGGCAUGGAACCAAGAUUAGUGUUCCAUACACGACAGACCGAUUAUAGACACAAGCAGAUCCAGGAAUUGCGUUUCAACAAGAGUGGCAAAUUCAAGGUGCUCCAGAUCGCCGAUACUCAUUUCUCCACUGGCGUGGGGAAGUGCCGGGACCCUGUUCCAGAUGAGCCAGAUUGCGAGGCCGAUCCAAGGACCGUCAAAUUUAUUGAAAGGGUGCUCGACAUCGAGAAGCCCGAUUUUGUGGUCCUCACUGGUGACCAAGUGUGGGGAGAAGAGGCGCCUGACCCAGAUACUGCUCUCUUUAAAGCUGUCACGCCCCUCGUGGCUCGCAAAAUCCCAUACGCUAUGGUGAUGGGCAAUCACGACGACAAGCUGAUCUAUUCCCGAGAAGAUAUGAUGUUCCUCUCAACGUACUUGCCCUACUCGAUGUCUGCACUUGGGCCCGAGGAAGUGGAUGGGUACGGUAACUACGGCAUACUUGUGAGGAGCAGCAAGUUUCUGAAAAAGGGCGUGGCAGCAUUCUACUUUUUAGACUCCCAUGGAUAUUCAAAAAAUCCAAAGGUUACGCCUGGAUACGAUUGGUUCAAGGACAGCCAGAUGUGGUGGCUCGAGAACGAGUCGGGUCUCAUGAGGGAGCAGAUGGUGAAGGAGAAGCCGCUCGCAAUGGCGUUUUUUCAUAUCCCGAUCCCUGAGUAUCGCAACCUUGACCAACCUUUCAUUGGUGAACACAGAGAAGGAAUCACUGCUCCCAACUACAACAGUGACAUGAGGACGCAUUUCGCCCGAGCCAACGUGCAAGUUGCAACCGUGGGGCACGACCAUUGCAAUGACUAUUGUCUCUUGGACACACACAACAAAGGCGACGAGAAGUACGAGUCGCAGAUGUGGCUCUGCUACGGUGGGGGUGUGGGCCUUGGUGGUUACGGAGGCUACGGCGGGUAUGUGAGGAGAAUGAGAAUUUAUGAGUUGGACGAGAACGAAGGCAGCAUCAAGCUGUGGAAGAGAACUGAGUCUGAUCCUGAUACGAUCAUUGACAAGCAACGGAUCGUUGACCAAGGGAAAGUCGUCAACUUCAAGGAGUAG